GGCCAGACAUCGAUGACAGUCGCUUCGCAAGUUGUGCGGAAAAAGGAAAAAAAGGGAGAAAACGUGGAAAAACGUGGAAAAGCCCUUUAGAACGGAGCAUGUCGAAAGCAGGCGAGGAUCAGCCGGCAGCGGAGGGAGCGGCAAUUGGCAAUGGGAACGCUGAGCUGGCCCAAAAUGAAGGUCAGGUGGAGAAUCAGGAGGGGCAGCAGCAGCAGCCGCAGGCCAAUCAGCCCAGCCGCAUGGAGUCCUUCUUUGCGAUGACCAAGUCCCUGAUCCUGCGCGCCCUGAUCAUCUACUUUGUGAGCUCCUUUUUCCGCCGCCCAGCUCCCGAGGCCACGAAUUCGCAAGAUAAAAGUGUGGCCAAUGCGGGUCCCAAGAUCACCGCCUGGAAUUACUUCGAGAACGGCACGGACUUUGACCUGCACGUCUGGCUGUCGGAGCACCCGGAUGUGGUCAACUUCCAGCAGAAGGCGAAUCUGCUCUGGCUGCAGGAGGAUCUCACCUACGGCGACUGGACCUCGGGCGCGAAUGGCGAUGGCAUCUACACCCACAGCCUGAAGCUCAAGACCAGCCAGCAUUUGAUGAACAACGGCAGUGUCUACCUGCAUGCCUUUGUCACCCGCACGGGCAUGUCGCCCGAUCCCAAGUCACCCAAUUACGCGACCAACGGGCACAUGGGCCACCAGCAGCACCAGCUGAACAAGUUCAAGAAGCUGCGCGUCAAUCGCAACUACAAUCUGCUGGCCAGCGAGAAGGAGAAGCUGGAGCACGAGCUCAGGCAUGCGAAUCUCAAGGACACCAUUGUCUCGCACUGGCAUCCCAAUCUCACCGUGAAUCUGGUGGUGGAUCAGACCAACUGGGCUCAGGGCUCCGUUCCGCCUCCCCUCGAUGACUACGUGAAGUUUGUGGACGGUGGAAAGACCUAUCUGCCGAUUGUCUUCGUCAACGACUACUGGAAUCUGCAAAGGGAGUAUCAGCCUAUAAAUGAAACCACCCCUGAACUGGAGCUCCAUUUAACCUUCCAGCCGCUUGGCAUGUUCAAGUGGCAGCUGUACGCCGCCAAGCAGAUGAAGAACAAGUGGGCCGGCAACAUGCUGGGCGAGCUGAUGGCCGCCAGCCAGCCGGAGGAGAGCGACGAGGACCAGGACUCGCUGAAGGAAACCCUGCUGGACACGAAUAUCUAUCUGCUCGGCAUCACCGUGGCCGUUUCCAUACUGCACUCGGUCUUCGAAUUGCUCGCCUUCAAGAACGACAUUCAGUUCUGGAACAAUCGCAAGUCGCUGGAGGGUCUGUCCGUGCGCUCGGUGUUCUUUGGCGUCUUCCAGUCGCUGAUUAUCCUGCUCUACGUGCUCGACAACGAGACCAACUUCAUGAUCCGCAUCUCCUGCGUCGUGGGCCUCGGCAUUGAGGUGUGGAAGAUCCACAAGGUGGUGGAUAUCAACUACGACCACGAUCAGAAGAUUCUGGGCGUGCUGCCGAGGAUCAGUUUCCAGGACAAGGGCUCCUAUUCGGAGAGCUCGACCAAGGACUACGACAAGCUGGCCUUCAAGUACCUCGGCUGGGCCUGCUUCCCCCUGCUGGUGGCCUACUUCGUGUACUCUCUGAUCUACAACGAGCACAAGGGCUGGUACUCCUUCGUGCUGAACAUGCUGUACGGCUACCUGCUGACCUUCGGCUUCAUCCUGAUGACGCCGCAGCUGUUCAUCAACUACAAGCUCAAGUCGGUGGCCCACAUGCCGUGGCGCAUGAUGACCUACAAGUUCCUCAACACCUUCAUCGACGACAUCUUCGCGUUCGUCAUCAAGAUGCCCACGAUGUACCGGCUGGGCUGCUUCCGCGACGACAUCAUCUUCUUCGUGUUCCUCUACCAGCGCUGGCAGUACCGCGUCGAUCUGAAGCGCGUGAACGAGUUCGGCUUCUCCGGGGAGAUGGAGCAGCAGCAGGCCACCAAGAAGUUGGAGGGCCAGGCGCCCAAUGGAGCCAUCGAAGCUCCUGGAGCUGCCGAAACUGCAGCGCCUGCGACCAAAAAGACAGCCGCACAAAAGAAGAAGGAUUAGGCGACGAAGGAGUAGCCACAUUAGAUAAAAGACGCAAUACCCAUAUACUCCAAUCCCCCACUCCCUCAAAAUAUGUAUCUAAUCACUCGCUCCAGUAUACAUAGUCAAGUAACCCCGAUAGCAUCAUUCUUAGGGCUAAUUGUAUGUACGUAUGUUUGUGUUUUGUUUUCUCGUGCCCUCCGCGCUUCAUUCCGCAGCGUUGGAAGAUCAAAUAAAUUAAGUGUGAGAAGA